AUGGGUUAUUUAAUGCUGACAAAAUUUUUAUUGCUGGCAAUAUUUUUUAUCUAUCUAUCUAUCUAUCUAUCUAUCUAUCUAUCUAUCUAUCUAUCUAUCUAUCGACUGGGAAUUAAAAAUCUGCUCCUUUCCUCUCUCGCUCUCUCUCUUUAUCUAUCUGUCUCAGUCUUCUCAUAUCUAUCUAUCUAUCUAUCUAUCUAUCUAUCUAUCUAUCUAUCUAUGUCUUCUCAUAUCUAUAUAUCUUUUUAUCUGUAUAUUAGUCUGCUCAUUAUCUAUCUAUCUAUCUAUCUAUCUAUCUAUCUCAUCUGCUAUCUAUCUAUCUAUCUAUCUAUCUAUCUAUGUCUUCUCAUAUCUAUCGAUAUAUCUUUUAUCUGUCUAUAUUAUCUAUCUGCUCAUUAUCUAUCUUUUUAUCUGUAUCUAUCUAUCUAUCUAUCUAUCUAUCUAUCUAUCUAUCUCAGUCUGCUAAUAUUUAUCGAUUUAUUUAGUCUGUGCAUAUCUAUCUAUCUAUCUAUCUAUCUAUCUAUCUAUCUAUCUAUCUCAUAUCUAUAUAUCUUUUUAUCUAUAUCUAUCUAUCUAUCUAUUAUCUAUCUAUCUAUCUAUCUAUCUUUUAUCUAUCUAUCUAUCUAUAUCUAUCUUUAUUUAGUCUUCUGUGCAUAUCUAUCUAUCUAUCUAUCUAUCUAUCUAUAUAUCUUUUUAUCUAUCUAUUAUCCACUUUUCACCUAUCUAUCUAUCUAUGAAUGUCUGCUAAUUAUCACUUUACGUCUGUGCAUAUCUAAAGUAAAUGAUACAAACGAUCUAUCUAUCUAUCUAUCUAUCUAUCUAUCUAUCUAUCUAUCUAUCUAUCUAUCUAUCAAAGCUGAUUCAUAUCUAUCUAUCUAUCUAUCACAUGUAGAAGUAAUAGUUUGCUGUCUGUCUGUCUGUCUGUCUGUCUGUCUCUCUCUCUCUCUAUCUAUCUAUCUAUCUAUCUUGUCCAGGCUAAUAUCUAUCUAUCUAUCUAUCUAUCUAUCUAGAAUAAUUAAAUCAAUAAACUCUAUCUAUCUAUCUAUCUAUCUAUCUAUCUAUCUAUCAAAGCCGAUUCAUAUCUAUCUAUCUAUCACAUGUAGAAGUAAUAGUUUGCUGUCUACUGAUAUCUAUCUAUCUAUCUAUCUAUCUAUCUAUCUAUCUAUCUAUCUAUCUAUCUAUCUAUCUAGAAUAAUUAAAUCAAUAAACUCUAUCUAUCUAUCUAUCUAUCUAUCUAUCUAUCUAUCUAUCUAUCACAUAAAUUAUCUAUCUAUCUCAAUCUGCUCAAUAAAAUCUAUCUAUCUAUCUAUCUAUCUAUCUAUCUAUCUGCUCACUAUCUAUCUAUCUAUCUAUCUAUCUAUCUAUCUAUCUAUCUAUCUUCCCCAGCCUGUUCAUUAUCUAUCUAUCAAUAAACUUUAUCUAUCUAUCUAUCUAUCUAUCUAUCUAUCUAUCUAUCUAUCUAUCUAUCUAUCUAUCUAUCUGUUACAUUUUUUACAAUAUCUAUCUAUCUAUCUAUCUAUCUAUCUAUCUAUCUAUGCAAAUCUCUUUAUAUCGAGCUAUCUGUGCCAAUCUUUAUAUCGAGCCAAUCUAUCUAUCUAUCUAUCGAUCUAUCUAUCUAUCUAUCUAUCUAUCUAUCUAUCUAUCUAUCUAUGCAAAUCUCUUUAUAUCAAGCUAUCUGUGCUAGCUAGCUAG